ACCACGCCAUAGUGUAAGUGUAGAAGACAUGGCGGGUAUCAGCCUUGCUAAAUGAUGAAAUAAUUUUUGUUUGCUAAUAUAAGAACGUGUUAAUUUCAUUAAAGAAGUGUUGAUAUUAAAAGACUAAUUUAGUUUAAUUGGAUUAGGAUAAAAAUGCAGAAUGUCGGACAGUCUGAAAAUCGAAAUAUCGAUAAGGUGAAUGUGCAACUUGAUGUGGUAAAAUCGUCCACUCCUCAAAGUUCGGCUUCGAGUCCAGCUAAAUCUGAAACCGAAACAUAUUCGGGAGCACCUGCCAAAUACAUGACGGACUCUUCGGAAAGCGAAGAUGACUCCGUAUCCGAGAUCUUGUUGGCUUGUUUGUGCCUUAGCAGGCCAGACCUGUUGGCGGAGAUGGAUGAAGAAGCUGGUGGUACGGAGACUUCCAAGUUCCUACUUUCACAUGAUGAGCCUGAACCAAUGGUUGAAGCAGAAGUUCAGGCAAGGCUUGAAACUUUGUUAGAAGUAGCUGGUAUAAGCAAUUUGUCUGGCGAGGGCAAGCGGCUAGCAGACCCCGAUGUGUUACGGCGGUUGACGUCUUCUGUGUCUUGUGCUUUAGACGAAGCGGCUGCAGCACUUACCAGAAUGAGGAGUGAUCAGACUCCCGCGCACCAUAGGCACCACCAUCAAGAUAAGCCCACGCAAUGUGGUUCCACGGCAACAGGGACAACACAAACGGUCCCUUCAUCUGUGGGCGCGGAUGGAGCUCCUUCCCUCGCAGAGGCCUGCUCGGAUGGAGAUGUUGGGACGGUCAGGAAACUUCUAACAGAAGGCCGGUCUGUGCAUGAAACAACUGAAGAAGGAGAGUCCCUUUUAUCCCUCGCUUGUUCCGCGGGUUAUUACGAACUCGCGCAGGUGCUAUUAGCAAUGCACGCAAGUGUCGAAGACCGGGGCAUUAAGGGCGAUUGUACACCCCUAAUGGAAGCGGCGAGUGCGGGUCACGUAGACAUCGUACGUUUACUGAUCGCGCACGGCGCAGACGUUAACGCGGUGUCUGGUUCCGGGAACACGCCCCUUAUGUACGCGUGCGCGGGGGGACACGAGGAGUGCGUACGCGCGUUGCUUGAGAACGGCGCUAAUGUGGAAGACCAUAACGAAAAUGGCCAUACACCGCUUAUGGAGGCCGCAUCCGCCGGUCACGUGGGCGUCGCUAAGAUCCUUCUGGAACACGGCGCCGGUAUCAACACCCACUCCAACGAAUUCAAGGAGUCAGCCCUCACCCUAGCAUGCUACAAAGGUCACCUCGACAUGGUGCGAUUCCUUUUAGCGGCUGGAGCUGACAGGGAGCAUAAGACCGAUGAAAUGCAUACGGCAUUGAUGGAGGCCAGUAUGGAUGGUCAUGUGGAAGUAGCAAGACUUCUGCUUGAUUCUGGAGCACAGGUGAAUAUGCCAACUGACAGCUUCGAAUCACCUCUUACCUUAGCGGCAUGUGGGGGGCAUGUGGAGUUAGCGAUGUUACUCUUAGAACGUGGCGCUAACAUCGAAGAAGUUAACGAUGAAGGGUAUACGCCGCUUAUGGAGGCUGCCAGGGAGGGUCAUGAAGAGAUGGUAGCACUGCUCCUCGGUCAGGGCGCCGCGAUCAACGCGCAAACUGACGAGACGCAGGAAACCGCUCUUACACUGGCUUGCUGUGGUGGUUUCCUUGAAGUGGCCGAUUUCCUCAUCAAAGCCGGGGCUGAUGCUGAGCUGGGAGCCUCCACGCCUCUCAUGGAAGCCAGCCAGGAAGGCCAUUUGGAGCUGGUUCGAUACCUCUUAAACGCGGGUGCGGACGUGCACGCUCAAACGCAAACGGGUGACACGGCGUUGACAUACGCAUGCGAGAACGGACACACGGACGUAGCGGACGUGUUACUACGGGCCGGUGCCGUACUAGAGCACGAGAGUGAAGGUGGACGCACGCCCCUUAUGAAGGCUUGUCGUGCUGGACAUCUGUGUACUGUGCAGUUUCUUGUUGGAAAGGGUGCGGAUGUAAACCGUAUGACAGCGAACGCGGACCACACGCCGUUGUCGCUAGCGUGCGCGGGCGGACAUGCGGACGUCGUGAAAUUCCUUCUCGCAUGCGAUGCGGACCCGUUCAGAAAGCUCAAGGACAACUCGAGCACUUUGAUCGAAGCUGCCAAGGGCGGUCAUACAGCCGUUGUUCAGUUGCUGUUGGACUUUCCGCACUCGGUCAUGUUACCGAGGGGUGAAGGUGGCGUGACGUCAGAGGACAACAACGGCCUGAGUACGGCGCAGGCGGCGGCAUUAGGUUUGUCGCACGCGCCUGCGCCGGGUUUCAAUCAACGGGCGCUUCUCCCGGCGCACCCUCACCCGCCGCUAGCUCCUGCCCCCGCCCCUGCCCCCGCGGACCUACCCCCCAACUUCGCUAAGGUCUAUUUAGACGGAAGAAAAAAACAACCCGCUGCGCAUAACGCUCCCUCCGCCAUUCCCGCCAACCCAGUGACAAGUGGGGCGGGCACCUUGCCUAUGCCCAUGGGUACUCAGGCCCCUCUGAUGGGUACCCAAACUCCACUUAUGGCUUCUCAAGCACCUCUAUUGGGUGCUCAUGUCCCACAUAUGAGUACUCAAGCCCCUCUCAUGGCUAACCAGGCACCGUUAAUGGGCAACCAAGCCCCACUAAUGGGCACCCAAGCCCCUCUUAUGGGUAGCCAAGCACCACUACUGGGUGCUGGCGUCCCUGUGAUGGGUGGUGCGGCUUCGGCGAAACACAAGUGCAACAGGAAACAAAGAGCCGCGCCCCAACAUUCGGAUCAUCACCUACCUCCACCGCCUGAUAUUAUUGAUGAUCAGAGAGCCGAAGCCCUAGCGGGACAAGUUCGAAACGAAUCACUGCCAGAGACUGAACGGAGUAUGCUAGAGCUAACUGAUGCAUCUGGUCCACCGACGCUCGCCACGUCAGCCUUGCACGCUCUCGAUCUACAAUUCUGCGCCCAAGGUGCGAAAGUUCAUCCACCCGUAUCCCCGCCUUACCCCCCUCCGAAACACUUAUUCCAAGUGCAGCAACUAGCGACUAACGUAAGCCAGCUUCAAUUGCAAGAACUCCAACAACAGCAGCUUCAGCAAUUGACGGCGCAACAACAGCAGCAGCAGCAGAAGAAACAACAACAAUUACAGCAACAAUAUGUACAGGAUAUGCAGCAGAGGCCUGAAGCGUACGCGCCGCAAGUGGGUGACGAGGUAAGCGCGGGUGAUGGCAACUCGGUGGAAGCGCGUGGCCUGGGCGCGGUUCUCGCGUAUCUUCAACGGGAAGUGCCUUCACUCGUAGCCCUACCACCCAAUGAGCUCAGAACCCUUGUGCUGCAGGUGAUGCAGCAGAAGUCCCAUGAGCUUCAGCUGGACAAAUGCGCGGGCGAGGGCGAUGGCAGUGGGGAGGAAGGCGACGAAAGACACGCCAGACGUCUGCUAGCUGCCGCCGAGGAGGCUCUCACUGCUGACUGUGAUAUGCAGGGAAUGCAACUGGUUGGUCAACCCGUGCAUGAGUUUCCUGAAACGGUUGCGCCGACGUCCCUAGAGCCUCCUCCUACGGAGCCGAGACCUGAUCUGGAAGUUCCCUCUGACCAUCACCAUCACUUCGCCUUACCACCGCCAGCUAUAACUUAUGACGACUUUAGAACGUCAUACGCACCGCCAGUAGUGCCAACCACCAUGCCCAGUGACAUGCAACCGGCCUUCAACCUGACUCUGCCGGAAAUCACGGCCAGCGUCAACGCGGGCCUCACAGCCGCUAUGGCAGCCGGUGUAGCGCCGAGCCUGUCAGCCCAACUGGCACGUGACAUGAUCCUGGGGCUGACGGCACAGGUGCCGGCCGCCGCGCCCGCCCUCCCCACUUCGUACACCCCGCCCUUGCCACACCCGACCAAGAGGGACCAUCAUCACCAGGCUACCAAUACCAGUGGAAUUAAGACUAAAAAGAACCGUUUUGGCAAUCGCGGGUGCCGAACGGAGACGUACGGUGCUUCACCCCCUCAGCCUGCGCCUGCGGCCUAUCCCUCAAUGGACGUGGACUCGGAAACGGACUCGAACCACGACACGGCGUUGACCCUGGCCUGCGCCGGAGGUCACGAAGAGCUGGUAGAGUUGCUUUUAGCGAGGGGGGCGGAUAUUGAGCAUCGGGACAAGAAGGGCUUCACACCUCUAAUACUAGCGGCGACGGCGGGCCACGAGAAGAUAGUAGAGAUCCUUCUGAAUCACGGAGCGGAUAUCGAAGCCCAAUCGGAAAGGACGAAGGACACCCCCCUCUCCCUCGCCUGCAGUGGGGGCAGGUACGACGUCGUGGAGCUGAUACUCAGUCGCGGUGCGAAUAAAGAACACAGAAAUGUGUCCGACUAUACACCCCUCUCAUUGGCUGCUUCGGGCGGAUACGUCAAUAUUAUACGGCUUUUGUUACAUCACCAGGCGGAGAUUAACUCCCGUACUGGUUCGAAGUUGGGAAUAUCACCUUUAAUGUUAGCGGCUAUGAAUGGGCAUACGGCGGCUGUUCGACUCCUAUUGGACUGCGGUUCGGAUAUCAACGCGCAGAUUGAGACCAAUCGCAAUACAGCGCUUACCCUGGCCUGUUUCCAAGGCCGCCACGAAGUCGUAAGCCUUCUCCUAGACCGCAAAGCGAACGUAGAACACCGAGCCAAGACUGGUUUAACACCCUUAAUGGAGGCAGCUAGCGGGGGGUACGUGGAAGUGGGAAGAGUUCUCCUAGAUAAAGGGGCAGACGUCAAUGCGCCACCCGUGCCUUCGUCAAGGGACACCGCCCUUACCAUAGCAGCUGAUAAGGGGCAUACUAAGUUCGUCGAGCUACUACUGCAGAGGCGAGCCGCAGUAGAAGUGAAAAACAAGAAAGGAAAUUCUCCCUUAUGGUUGGCAGCGAACGGCGGCCAUCUUGCAGUUGUCGAGAUGCUGUACGCGGCUGGUGCAGACAUCGACUCACAGGACAAUAGAAAGGUAUCUUGCCUGAUGGCAGCCUUCCGCAAGGGCCAUACAAAAGUGGUUAAGUGGAUGGUUGGUGUCGUCACGCAAUUCCCUUCAGACCAGGAAAUGACGAGGUACAUUUGUACAAUAUCGGAUAAAGAGUUGCUAGAAAAAUGCCAAGAGUGCGUGCGCGUCAUUCGAGCAGCGAAAGAAACACAAGCGGCGAGGGCUAAUCAAAAUGCCACCAUUUUACUAGAAGAGUUAGACGCUGAACGGUGCCGGGAAGAGAGCCGCAGACAGGCAGCUGCUAGAAGGCGAGAGAGGAAGAAGAAAAAGAAGAUGGAGAAGAAGGAGGAACGACGUAAACUGCAAGCGGAGAAUGAAAAGAACAGCCUGUACUGCGAAAAGGCAUCUGGGGAGUUGUCAGAAGGCGGAGAGCCUGAUGAUGAGCCCGUGCCCAAGGAGGAAGGUGACUCCGGCAUUGACGCCAACUCACAGGGUUCCUGUUCAUCAUCGGAUGUGAAAGCUCCGCCCGCUUCAAGCAAAAGUAAGAAAAAGAAAAAAGAAGAAAAGACACCUCCACCCGCACCUUCUAAGAAACAGCCUGAUAAAACAAAGCCCAAAAUAGAGACAAAAGAGAAAGAAGUCACCUCUAAGAGCGAAAAGAAGCAAGAGAAAGAGAACGUUGCGCCCGCGCCUCUUGCCACUCCUGUCACUCCACCAAAGCACGAGCGACGAGAGAAGAAAGAAAAAAAACAAGAAGAAGAUGCUAAAAGCAUCGCAGUACAGAAUAUUAACAAAUUUGGGAACAGCUCUAGAAAGAGCCAAGUAUUUGAAUCGUCUAGGUUUAACGUGGAGAAAGACGACGUUGACACGAUCGAGAAAAAUAAAAAAAUAUUCAGCCAAUGGGAGACGGAAGGCAAAAAUACGUCUCCAAAGGGGGCAACUGCUCCUGGUGCUUCGCGUCGCGAGGAGGGCUGGAAGGAAGUCGUCAGAAAAUCCAGCGUUCAACCUCCAUCUGCAGUGGAGCCUGGGUGUAAGAAAGUGUGCGUAGCGUCUCAUGCGAUAUCCCGUGUGAUCGGUCGCGCCGGCUCGAACAUUAACGCGAUCCGAUCGGCGACCGGCGCUCACAUCGAAGUCGACAAGCAGACUAAAGGACAGGGAGAGCGGAUUAUUACUAUCAAAGGCUCUACGGAAGCUACGAAGCAAGCGGCCAGCCUUAUUGCAGCAAUGAUACGUGAUCCAGAAGCGGACAUAGCGCAGUUGUUGCCCCGGGCCAAGUUACCUGCGCCUACACCACAACCAGCUAUUGUUAAGCCUGCUAAACAACCUACGCCUAAGGUGGCUCAUACCAGUAGCGUGCCAGUGACAAGUCGAGUAGGUCCAACGACCAGUACGGGGAUAGUAACGAGCGCGCCCGCACCUGCGCGUACGCCUGCCAAGCAACACACGCCUGCGAGACCGCCCACACGGACGCAUACACACCCCAUCACAACACAAAGCAACGAAAAGCGUGCCCCAAGUGCCCCUGGUGCCCCAAUAAGCUCAGUAAGCUCGAGCACCGCGACGGCAAAGCCGGGCGCGUUGUCGUACACGGGUGCCAUCGUGGGCGCUAGGAGCCACACCUUCGCCGCUAAACUCACUGCCACGCCCCCUCUGGACACGAAGCCUAGGCCUACCACACAGGUAUGCGCCAGCCCAUCAAGUGCGGCAAGUAGUGGGGCGAGUUCGUCUCCUCUCAAGAGCCGUACACCGCCCCCUACACCUCGGCCCCCUCUGCCCACGCCCCCUAGAUCUGACGACCCAAGACUCGUCGAAAGACUGCAGCUAAGUCCAGACAACUCCAGUACAUGGAGCAACGAAGAAAACCCAGUGAAUACAUCAACUUCAGCUCUACACAUCAAUACUACCCCGCAGUCAACUGGCAGCGCAGGCAGCAGUGCAGGCACCCAAGAAUACUCUCUCUUCCAGGCGGGUCACCUCCCUGGCAACACAGCGCCAGGUCCCGGGGUAUGGGGUGAACCGUCGCAUAGCGAACCUCCGCCCCCGCAAGUGGACGCGAGCAAGGCCCCGGGAUAUCGUGGGGCGGGUGGCUGCUCACCCUGCUCAAGGACUUCCUCCCACGGCUCUACUCCGCCGCCCUAUCAUCAGCCGUACCAUCAGCAGAAUGCUAUAGGUAACAACAUGAACGCUAUGGACAUGAGUGGUCUAUCCCGGAACGGACCCAUGUAUCAAGAUAACUCGCGAAAUGGACACAACAUCAUGGUAUCUAUGUCGAGCGGCGUUGGCCUCGGUUACGUAAAUGUGGGCAACGUGGGCAAUGUGGGCAGCGUGGGUAACGUAGGCGUAGGUGUGGGGGUUGAAAACGUAUCCCGACUGAACCCUCGAGCGCCUGACUUUGCCCAACGUCACCCUCUGCUGCAGCAUCAGCAUAAACACGCCGCUCAGCAACUAUUCGCGAGUGCAAAUAACGCCGGCAACCUGAGCUCGUUGUUGAUGUCGUACCAGCAACACCAGCAGCACCAGCAACAUCCCCAACAUCCGCAGCAGCAGCAACCGCAGCCGCAGCCGCAACAGCAACAUCCUUACCAGUCCCUCCUGGAACGUGGUGUCGGCGUCGGCGUGAACUCCGUGGGCGUGGGUAUGGGCGUGUCGUGGGCGGAAGAGGAAGAGCGCAAGCCCAGGCCCAUAGGCACUGAACGCGCCUGGAAGCUCACUGCCGGAGAAGACUGGCACCACCGCACGGACCACGACAGAUACCAACAGCAAGGCGUGAGCGGAAUGGGCGGCGUUGGUAGCGUAGGUAGCGUGGGCGUUGUGGGCGAGGCGUACGGAGGCGCCACCACGGCGGCGUUUUCGCUGAUGCAAGCUCUGCCCCUGCACUACGUUCCGCCCGAACAUCCGCAUUGGGACCGCCCCCCGCAACACAACAACGACAAACCGCAAACGUGGAGUAAGUGGAAUCACUAGCGCGUGCCCCCACUCGUACCCGCGUGAACGUAACAUCGUUGUAGAUAUUAGCGAGAAAGAUAUAUACAGAAUAUAUGGUGAGCGUCCGCCAUUUAGACAAAUUAUUAUUAUAGUUGUUACUCGGCGCCAUUAGCGCGACUAGCUAGUAGCUGCGCAGUCUACGCCGAACCGAAUGUAAUUCCGUUCGCCCAGCGGCCCGCCAGCGCCUUUACUAUAUUUUACUAUUUACGGCAUAAUAUUCGGAAAACGAGCCGAUACGGAUUUUCAUAACGUGUAUCAAAUUCGCUUGUACAUGAAGAUUAAAUAUCAUAUAUUAAUGCACCGUAACCACUGUUUUUAAUGCCACCUGCGGUUUUAUUUCAAUACUUUUAAUUUGGGUAAAUGUAUAUUUAAGUAAAUUAUUACGAAGACGUACGUCUCGAAUAUGGUUAGCAGGAUUCGGUAAGUUCAAAUAAACCGUUGUCAAAUAAUUUGAGUGUCUUCUUGAAUAGGGCUUGUUAGGUCGCGAAGCUUUGGUAGAUGGCUCUACAGUACCUGUAACGGCCAAAUGAGAGUAGCUUAUUUAAAUUUAGAAUUCGGUCAUGUAUUUUAUAACCAAUCAGAUGAGAGUUGUAAUGUAUAGCAAUUUUGACUGGAUAUUUUGAUUGGCGCGGUAACCUUUACCUAGUUGAAUAUUCACUGCCUUGAUACAAGAGAUCGCCUCAUGUUGCCUUGUCUAUAGUUAUGCAAACUCAUCAUUUUCUAUAGUUAUAUAAAUAAUAAAAUAUAUUAAGAAAUA